AAUUCAAACCAAACGUUUAGUUCUAUCUCAAACCUCAAAGACCAAAUUCUUAAAUCAUAUCCCGCGCUCAGUACUCCCUUCUACUUACCUCAGCUUUCCCUGCGUCUCGCCCAUCGCCGGUGGUUCUCGCUAGUCGCCGCUGGGUCUUUCCCGUCGCCGGUGGUACUCCAGCAAGGUCUCGGGUUUUUGUGGGGAUUUUAAUUUGGAAUUAAGUUAGAAAUUAGGGCUUGUGAAUUAGAAUUUGGGGAUUUGGGAGUUAGGGCUUUUCGUAUCGGCGGCAGAGCACCACUCGGAACCACUCCACAGCAGCGGCGUGAGUGAUCGACAACAGCCCGCAGUGGUGGUCGACGGAGCAAGCUAGGUUGAUUUGAUUCAGGGGAUUGGAAGAUAACCAACUUGAAGGACCUCUGCCCAAGAGCCUUAGGAAUUUGAUUAACUUGAGAACCUUAGUACUUGCUGCAAGCGUUCUUCUGGCUAUAAUAUGCGCAAAUUCUAGAUCACUUCUUUUAGCAGUUGGUCAAGAUGAUCAAAUUGCAGCUCAAGCCGGACACUAUGCUUAAUUCGUGAUCCCUGGUCUCUUUGCUUAUGGUCUUCUUUACUCACUUCAGAGAUUCUUACAAACCCAGAACAUCAUUUUCCCUAUGAUGAUAACUGCAGGGUUCACUACACUACUGCAUUUGCCAGUUUGCUGGACUUUGGUCUUCAAAUGUGGUCUUGGAAACCGAGGAGCUGCCCUUGCAACUGGUGUAUCUUAUUGGAUUAAUGUAAUAUUGUUAGCACUUUAUGUUAAGUUUUCUUCUUCUUGCUAAAAAACUUGGACAAGUUUUUCUACUAAAGCUCUGCAUGAUUUACCUACAGUCGUCAGACUCAGUAUUCCCUCUGCUUGUAUGGUAUGGUAAGUCCCUGGAGCCUGUAGCUUGCUUUUUGACACAUAAUAAAAUCAAAACAAAGCAUCGUAUUGGUCCUUCUUUAAUUUCUUCCUACAGUUUAGAAAUGUGGUCAUUUGAAAUGAUGUUCUCUUAGCUGGUCUUCUUCCCAACCCAACAUUAGAAACAUCCGCGCCGUCUAUCAGGUAUAUAUGUACAAGUUUAAGUUAUACUUCAUAAGAAACAUUCAAUAUGAGCUGACGUUCCAAGAUAAUUAAGCAAAUGGGAUUAUACCAUCUGACUACUGGUCCUCUUUUUUUUGCAGUCUCAACACAGCUGCACUUGUGUGGAUGAUCCCCUUUGCUCUUAGUGGUGCUGUCAGUGAGGCUUAGCAUUAAGUCCUUCAAAGUACCAGAGAUUUUCAUUGAGGUUCCGAAUAGUACAACUAUUGGUUCACUCAAGGGCGUGCCAGAAGAAAGCUCACUGGGACAGUGAGCUUGCAGAUCUACUCAAAGAACUUUUAGAUUUAGAUUUGUCUUCUAGCUGGACUCCCAGACAUGGUUCAGCUCUCACUGUCUCAUCCAUUCUUCAGCACUACCCAUCGGGAGUAUGUCUAUCCUCUUGGUCACCAUCCAUUAUAUCUAUGCUGAAAGACAAGUUAAAAGAGGAAAAGUUCCCAGAUCGUGAAAGUUUUACCAAAGCACUAGGAAGAUAUAUGAUUUAUCAAAUUCAAAGUGAUACAUCGAGUAGUUCCUUGCAUGCUCAAACUGUGUCCUCCAUAGUUUCUGCGCUGCAAGAUGAAUCCAGUGAAGUUAGACGGAGGGCAUUAUCUGCCCUGAAGGCUGCUACAAAGGCAAAUCCUACUGCCAUUAUGGCCCAUGUGUCGAUUUUUGGUCAUGUGUUGGCAGAACGUCUGAAGGAUGGAAGUACACCAGUGAAGCUUGCUGCAGAACGGAAGCUUGCGAAUUUAUUUUUUGGUUUUGCACGAAGGAUUAGAGGGAAUAGGUAUUUAGCUCCAAUAUCGAACACCGACCACAUCAUCGAUCCAAUAACAGUAACUGAGCAAGUGAAUAACGGGAAUAGGCUUUUAUGUGACUAAUUUCAAAAUUGUUUUCCAGACUUAGAAGCAGGUCUAUACUCCGAGGAAUGCGCCUUAUGCUAGUGAGGAAGUUGAUGUGGUUCAUGAUCAAUGGGCUAAGUUUUUUACCAGCAAGUAUUUAUUAUUAGCCUGAGCGCCCUUGAUCGAGUUGGUUUAGAUGUUAUAGAACAAUUUUUUUUAUUAAAAUGUAUGCGUACGUUGAAAUUGGAACGUAAAUAUAUUUAAAUGUAUUGGUAAGUGCACUUUGGUUUUGGGGUAUAUACAAAACUACAAUUAUUGAUUUUA